CCUAAAGGAUAGUUCUCGUCCUCAGUGGAUCCUGUGCCAAGUUUACAGACCGGGUUUCUGGGAUGAGCUCCUCAGUGGUUUGGUAUACGCAGUGCGAUUUGCAGCCGCUGGCUGGGACUGCUGCAGUGUAAACAAGACUGUCCGAGGCUACAGCGCCGCCGUCUGUGAGCGAAAACACAUCGACACAGAGCCAAUGGUAGUUGACUUCUCAGCUUGAACGAGCACAGUUUCAUUAAGAACCCUUUAUGGGUUUGUCAGUGCGAAAUUACAAUCACUCUGUAGCUGAGAGGCUGUCCCAAUGUCAUUGUUAAGUUUAAUUUGACUUGCAGAUGCUCCUCUCGCUCUUGUUUAAUUAAUCAGAUGGACUUUACUGCUGAAGAACUAUCGGAGAAUGACUGACAACCAGGAAACCACAGAUGCUGAGGAUACUAGUCCGUCCGGGGGCGCGACCUUGCCGCUCCGGCCGCCCUGUGAGCGCCUGUCUUGCCACAAGAGCAGCGUGUGCUCCCGCUCCUACUUCGUGGUAGUGAUGGUAUUUUUUCACGUCUACAUCAUUAAUGUUAUUGCGCUGCUUUUCUACGUUCACUACAGCAGUGGGCAGGAAGAUGCCAACCGGAGUCGUGAUGCUCCCCGUGGUGACAACCAGCGUACCGAGUCGGGACGUCCGCCAUCAAAGCCUGACUUUGUGCGUGAUGUUUCCCUGACAAGGGUCGAGGGAAUAAGGGUGGGACAUGUGCAGAAGGUGUCACUGGUGCCAGGGAAAGCGCAUGAGAUGCGGACUCUGAGUAUGAAGCCUCUGCUGUUUGAGAUCCCUGAUUUUUUGUCUGCGGACGAGUGCCGUGUUGUGAUGCAGCUCGCACAGCUUAAAGGUCUCAUGGAAAGCCAGCUGAUGGUGCAAGAGGGGCAAGAGGAGCUAGCCAAGGAACUCAACUUGAGCCCAGAGGAGAUCUUCAACCUUCUGGAUAUUAACCAGGAUGGACAGCUGCAACUCCAUGAGAUUCUGACUCAUUCUAGAGUGAGGGACGGCAUCUGGCUCACUCCAGAGAAUCUGCGAGAAAUUUAUGCUGGACUCAAAGCUGACAAGGAUGGUAAUGGUUUGCUGAGUCUGGAGGAGUUCAGGCUCCUGAGCAGCGAUGCCUUCCAGCGCUUCCUGAUGCAGCAAGGCGUGAAGAGGAGUCAGCUGGUGAGGAACAGUAGACACACAUGGCUGUACCAGGGCAAAGGAGCACACCAGGUCCUCCAGGACAUCAAGACCAGGGUUACUCGCCUCACUCGGCUCCCGCCCUCAUUAGUGGACCUCAGUGAGCCUCUUCAGGUGGUUCGCUACGAGGAAGGAGGUCACUACCACGCCCACCACGACAGUGGCCCAGUGUAUCCUGAAACCGCCUGCACCCACACGCGACUAGCUGCCAACACCUCCACUCCUUUUGAGACUUCCUGCAGGUACAUCACAGUUCUCUUCUACCUGAACUCUGUCGAGGGGGGUGGGGAGACUGCAUUCCCUGUGGCAGACAACAGGACCUAUGAUGAAGUGUCUCUCAUACAGAAUGACAUUGAUCUCAUGGACACCAGGAGGAACUGUGACAAGAGUAACCUGAGGGUGAAGCCCCAAAAGGGGACAGCUGUAUUCUGGUACAACUAUCUUUCUGAUGGAAGAGGUUGGGUGGGAGAACAGGAUGAAUACGCCCUGCAUGGAGGCUGUGUGGUGACACAUGGUACAAAGUGGGUCGCCAAUAAAUGGAUCAACAUCGAUCCAGAUUACCAGCGUCAGGCUCGCUACCAGCAGCUGGUUGCACAACAUCCAGAGGAUGGUGAAGAUGAAGAUGAAGGUCUGACUCUGAACCUGGACCCACACAAUUCUGAUGUCCAUCAAGACUUGUAGCUCAUAAACCAAAUUUAUACUUAUGAAAUGAAAAAUCUACUUAGCCUUCCUCAGUCCUGUGCACAACUUUUUGCCCACACCCCUUGUGGCCAGUAUGUAGAGACAUGAUUUAUUCAGGGAAUGAGGCCAUUCAGGGGGUUUAUGCAACUGUAAAGAGAUGCUGUUGAUAAAUAUUGCUUGGAUAUUUCUAACCUCUUUAUUUUUGCAGUGGUCUGCUCAUUAUAGUGAUUUCCCAUCAAAGGAAUGUUGCACUAGAAACUCAUUUAAGGAGUUGAGACACAAUAAAUCCUUUGCAUGCAUUAGCUUUUGCUGUUGCUUUGAGCAAAAAUUGCACAUGAAAAUUGAAAUGGCUGCUGUAAACAUUUCAAUGUUCUUCCUUGGUGUUGCUACCAUGACCAAAAAAGGCUCACACACUGUCAGUGUGAUGCAUGUUGCCUUCUAUUUGUUCCUUGAAUCUUUCAUCAUUUUUGCCAGAUGAAUUUUUUGAAAGAUAAUAUUUGAAUGUUUCAUUUUAUUUAUUAAUUAUUUUCUCUAAGCUGCACUGUAUCA